CACAAACCUCUUAUUGGAUUAUUGUACGAGACCUACAUGUUGUGCGUUGUGUGUGAGGCUAUCUUUGGAAUGCUUCCAGACCCCUCUAUUCGUCGAAUCAUCGUUCAUUUCUACCUUACCCCAAGAACUACCUGCGUCUUCUCACUAGCUUCCUCCCGAGUUUCAACGUCUUUCCCUUGCCCAAGAUCCCCACCGCAUUGCCCCUCCUCUUCUCCGCUUCCAACCUCCACGCCUCUCUCUGCGCCCCCCGAAAUCAGCAAAACGGCGCCAAGAGCUGCAACGCACUAAAGAUAUCCCGCUAACCGGUAGUGAGCAGGACAAUAGAAAUGUAGACCGCG